AUGAAUGCAAUGUCAUCUCAUGAGAGAGUUUUUUCUGUGUGCUCUCAUAGCACGUUUCUUCUGUUUUCUUUCCCACUGUCACUGUCCCUCCCUUCUUCAACAACGACACUAGUCUCUCUUCUCAACACACCCAUCAUCAUUCUUCAACCCCACAUCUCUAAUACAACCAUUCUACUUUCUUCAACCUUGAAACUUUUCAUUCAUGGACUUGAACCAUUUACUCACCUAAUCCAAUUCCUCAAUUCUAGACUUUUUUUCUAUGAUUUUUUUAUAAUAUUUCUUUAUAUAUUUAUAUGUAUAUAUAUGUGUUUUUGUUUUCUAUUAUUAUCAUUGUUGUUGUUACACAAACCCCAAAGCUACAAAGUUUGAGACAUUUCAUGUUGUUCUGAGAAAACCCUGUUGUUGUUUUUUUUUUGUGUUUUUUUUCUUUUCUUGUUGGUUGGAAAAAUGUCAUCUUUACAGAUGACCCAUGUUGAUUUAGAGCAAGGAAAUCAUCAUCAUGCUCCUCUUCAUCAUCAUCAUCCUAGUUGUUCUGUUGUUGGAAGUGAUGUGAGUGGUGAAGGGAGUUUAUGUUUCUCUGAUGCUGAUGAUGGUUCAAGCUAUUCUAGGUUCUACUCAACAAAUGGUGGUUCAUAUGAUGAUUACUCUUUUGCUUGUGUUUCUGAUGAUCCUGAACUUGGUGGUGGUGGUGGUGUUGUUGAUUCUGCUAGAGUUUCUUCUGUCACUGAUUGUUCUGUUGAAAUUAGAAUUGGGGUUCCUGAGAUUAAGGUGCAUUUGGCUAAAGUUGAGAAGGAUUGUAGGAUCUGUCACAUGGGUUUGGAAAGUGAGAGCCAUGAAUCUGGUCUUCCUAUUGAAUUGGGGUGUUCUUGUAAAGAAGAUUUAGCUGCUGCUCACAAAAACUGUGCUGAAGCUUGGUUCAAGAUUAAGGGAAAUAGGACCUGUGAAAUUUGUCACUCGGUCGCGCGGAAUGUUUAUAGUCCAAACGACGAUUUGACAGAGCAUGUGAUCGACAGUAACAAUACCACCGCAUCAUCCACGCUCUCUACCGCUGCUCCUACGCCAGAAACUCAAAGAUUUUGGCACGGCCAUCGCUUCUUGAAUUUUCUCCUUGCUUGUAUGGUUUUCGCAUUCGUCAUAUCAUGGCUUUUCCACUUCAACAUGCCAUCAUCUUAGUUUCAUUCAAAAUUUAAUCUUUCCACAAUUCAAGAUCUGAUUGAGUUUAUAUAUUAGGCAUUAUUGAAUCAUUCUUCUUCAUUUUCUGUUUUGCAUUUAUCAGAAUGAAUGUAAUUUCAUGAACAAGCACUUGAAUGUUAAUUCAAAUGUAUAUUAUAUUAUAUAUCAUAUUAUAUUGUGAUUCAAUCAAUGUUGUUAGAUACAUGGUGAUUUUUUUGUACUAGUUUAUUUUAAAAGUGAUGUG